UCGCUGCACGGAGAUUGUAUAGCUCCAUUCUACGAUGCGUCUCUGUUUCCUUCCGAAGGCGGAUAUAUCGGUGGCCGCCUUUGUUCGCAACAGAGUCAAGACCCGACUUCUCCAUUAUGUUGUCUACCAUGUCCGGCAUCGUAUUGGGCUUACUCGGACAAUUUUGUGACUCUUGGGACUGUCGCGGGGUGGCUCAAUGUUGUCGGGCUACUGCUACAAGCCUUCAUGCUCAUCUCGAAUACUUUUCUCCCAGCGGCGAGGACUCGGAGUCACUACCUCACACAGUGUCUAAUCGUUGCUGUCAUAUUCAUUAACCUCGCCUUCGUCAUCCCACUAGGAGCGGAGCCUGAACAGUGCUAUGAUGGGAUCACACCAAACGACAUGUACACUUCCAUGACAUGUGCCUGGUCUGGAGCAUUCCUGCUAGCCGGAGCACUCGCAGGAUCCAUGUGGAUCUUCAUCCGAUCGUUAUCCAUGCACCUCACUGUCGUCUGGGAUAACGUUCCCGGUACGAGAUUCUUCUAUAUCUCGCAAGCUGUGGGCUGGGGAGUACCAGCUGCACUGUUCACAUCUGCAAUCAGUAUAUCAGGGGUCUCGUUUCGAUUUGGCAGUACCUGUCAUAUCAACCAUGACGACUCAAUGGCAACCUUCUGGGGAUGGCUUCUUGCUGUGGCAGGCGCGGCUUUGAUUGUUCAAAUCACCACUUUCGCGUACUGCCUUCGUGUCUUCUUCAACAGUCUUUGGGAAGACAGCGCAAGACCAGUGUCCCAAGGCUCAGCGAAGAGUCUACCCAUGUCCGUCAUGAGCGCAAAAUCACAGCGAGCGCGCGUCAUCUACCGCCGACUCAAGAGCGUGCUAUACCUACAAUGGCGCGGCAUGCUAAUCGUCACCAUCGUCCUCGUCGACGUCAUAUUCUUCGCCGUCGUAUUCGUCUCUCUCGACAAGAUCGAAGUGUCUAUGCUGCAUGACUACACACGAGUACUACCCUGGGUGAUAUGUCUAAUCGAGAACGGAGGCAAUCGGGAUCAAUGCUUCAGAUUCAGCCACAAAUGGCUGAUCAGUGAACCCACCAUCGGAGCCAUGCUAAUCAUGAUUUCACUGCUCGGAAUCGAACUCUUCGUCCUACUCUUCCGCUGGUCACUAAUCACAGGCUGGAAAGAGCGAUGGGCAGCGAUGACAAAAGGCAAACCCCAAGAAUUCGUCUCCCUGGACGCACGAAAA